CUUUGUAUCUCCAACACAUUGGGUUGAAUGAUACAUACAGAUCUUCUUUUGACUCCCAUAUUUCUCCCUCAAAUCUCAAUAUGGUAUCGCAGAGCUAGUUCAAUCUUUUCUUUUUCUUCUACCUGUCCUCUCUAUUUCUCAUCUUCGACUUCAUAUUUUGUCAAUCUCACAUGGCAAACGAUUUCACCUCCUUCGCAACCUCCGCCAACCCUUGCUAAACCGGUGAAUAACGCCAAUUCCUCCUCUACAACAAAGCACUCAUUGCCUCGUUCCCUAACCUUCUCACACUCAAUUUCAGGAAAAGUCAAUAGCAAGAACUAUCUUCUAUGGUGUUAACAAGUCAAACCUGUGAUUAAGGGACAUCAACUUCAUCAUUUUUUGGUGAAUCCACAAAUUCCUUUGAAAUUUCUAUCAAUUGCUAAUCGUGAUGUUGAUUGUGUCUUUGAAUCCUGUCUUGCUUGGGAACAAGAUCAACUCCUUGUUGUCUUGGAAAAUCUCACAAAUUACCUUUUAGUCUAUCGAAAACAAUAUACAGUACACUGUUUGAAUUAAUAUAUAGUGAUUUAUGCAGUCUUGCUCCAAUUUCCUGUAUGUGUGGUUAUCAAUAUCAUGUAACAUUUGUUGACACAUAUACUCGCUUCACCUGGAUAUUUCUUCUCAAAAGCAAAACAUAGACUCUUGAUAUUUUAAAACAAUUUCAUGCCAUGGUCAAAAAUCAAUUUCAGCUUCCCAUAAUGCAAUUCAAACAGAGUGAGGAGGAGAAUUCGUCCCUUUUCUUCUUAUCUUGUUGACUCAGGGAUUCGAUGUCGCAUCAUUUUCCCUCACACCCAUCACUAAAAUUGCGUGGUGGAAUGAAAACACAGACAUAUUGUGGAACUAGGUCUUACAUCGUUAGAUCAAGCACAUCUUCUCAUACAAUUUUGGGUCAUGUCUUCCAUACGAGUUUCUAUCUCAGUAAUCGUUUACCAUCAUCCUUGAUUUUAGAAUGAUGCCCCUUUUCGACAAUUGUUUAAUUAGAUUCCAUUCUAUAAUUUUUUAAGAAUAUUUGCUAGUUCCUACUUCCUUCACCUUUGACCACAUAAUAAGAAGAAGAUUCAACUUCGAUCACAGGAAUGUGUAUUUUUGGGAUACUCUACUUCCCACAAAGGAAACAAGUACCUUGCAGCAAAUGGAUGAAUCUAUAUCUCGUAAGAUGUGAUUUUGAAUGAGUGUUCAUUCCCUUAUCUAGACCUCUUUUUAGCAUCGCCCACCACUGUCUCUCCACCUCUUCAUGUUCCACUUGUGGUCACCAACACUACAUCUUCUAGUCCUAUUGAGGAUAUUUCAAUCACCUCACAAAAUAUCCUUUUAGAAUUUUCCACUUCAGCCACAUCAUCGAACAACAUUGAUGCACCAGAUGUAUUGCUUCACAACCUACUACACUACUCCACUCACUAAUACACUCUCAUUUUUUCCACCAACAAAUAUACAUUCCAUGACAACUAGGGCAAAAACAGGAAUCGUGAAACCUCGACCCAAACAAUUGUCUUACUCAUGUUGAAUUGUAGAAGUACUAAACAAGCCUUAGCCAAUGACACUUGGCUUGAUGUGAUGAAAGAAGAGUACAAUGCCUUAGUACAUAACUUGGACACUUGUUCAUUUACCUCCUAAUAUAACUGCCACUGGGUGCAAGUGGAUUUUUCGUGUCGAAGAAAACUUAGAUGGCACAAUAUACAAAUACAAGGCUAGGCUUGUCGCAAAAAGGGUUUCAUAAAAAAAGUGGGUAUGAUUAUAAUGAAACAUUCUCGACUGUAGUCAAACCUGUCACUGUUCAUCUUGUAAUCACCUUAGCUUUGACUCACCAUUGGUCCAUUCAACAAUUAGAUGACAACAAUGUGUUUCUCAUUGGUAAUCUUGAAGAGGAAAUGCAUAUGAACCAACCUUAAGGUUUUGAAUUGUUUGAUAAGAAUUUAGUCUGCAAUUGUACUAUGGUCUGUUUUCCACAUUUGUAGUUUUCCUAUCAAAGUAGACAAUAGUUGCAUGCAAAUUGAUUUUCACUGAUCAAAUUUUUAGUAAUUGUUGGACUAAAAGCUGUGUUGACUAAUUAAAGAUGUCAAUGUUGAGGAACCAAUGGAGGAGAUAGAUAAACCUUGACCAUUUUCAAGGAUGACAUUGAUCCAAUGUAGAGGAGUGUUAUUCAUUAAAUUUGUUGGAUUAUUGGUCUCAUGAUGUGAUGUGCCUGAGUGAACAUAUCGGUUGCAAGCUGGUUGUGCAAAAUGGCUAGGGGUUGAAGCACUGCGUUUGACUGAGAAGGCCCUUGAUUAUGUUGCCAAGGAGAAGGACCUUGCUAAUUCAUGUAGGGUGAGAGAAGUAACCACCCUAUCUCCAGUAGAAGAAUUAUUAGGCCAUGCAUUUGGCCAAGACCAAGGUGGUUGGGGACCAACAAUAAGACAAUUUAUACUUAUAGCAAAAUUCAUGCUGAACUGAACUUGAGAUUGAAACCAUCCAAAAUAAUGGUGUUAGGAACCAAGACUUGUAAAGAGAAAGAAAAUAAAGAUUUUAUUGAAAAGGAUGAAAAGAACACAAAAUAGGAGAGAAAUAUCUCCUCCAAGGGUUUCCCCCUUCACAAAGCAUUACUCCUUUCACAAAGAGCAAAUGCUCAAUUUACAAAUGAAAGAUAUGAAUAUCUUUUCCUCCCCUUUUGUCCUUCUAUUUAUUUAUGUUACUGACUCACUAACAAGCUAAUAUUCUAACUUACUCGCCUUCACUGUAGUCUUGGCAAAUGGUCACCUCUACCUCUGGAAUGUCCAGAAUGAUUUCCACUUCCACCUCUUAAACCAUGUCCCUGAUUAAACUCGUGCAAUUGAUUGCAUUAGAUGAAUCCUGUGAGCUUGAGCUUGAGUAACAUUGACCGAGAGUGGUUGAACAAUCACAACUUUCUUGGUUCUAUGGAGCCUGGCUUCACGAAAAAGGAUAGCUUCAGCUUCAAUAAUAUCACAGGGUUCCAAUCUAUAUUGAAUGAUUGCAGCAAGUGAAGUUUACUCUUCAGGAAGUCCUUCAAGAAUUGCUUCAACAUGAUCAUGAUGAGUGAUUAGAUCUUUGAUGAACAGGAUAAUAUAAAAAAUGACUUGGAUUCUAGCGACUAACAUUCAGACCUCAAUUGGCAUGAUCUUGCGGCUAGCGUUCAUCUGUGAGUGGAAGGAUUUAUGAUUUUUUCCCCAAACCUGCUAUGAAUGGACUCAACGCCAACCCUUGGGAGAAUUGAGUUGGAAAGUAUGGAUAGGAUCCAGGUGAACAGCAAUGAGACUUGCUGUUCCCAAUCCAAAUACUCCAGAUUGACUGAAUCUAGAUCGCGAAUGUGCUCAAAUUAUGCAGUUUGUGACCUUGAAUGAUGCCUUUGACUUGCUGUUUCCAGGAUAAAAAAAUCAUUGCAUUAAGUUUGAUCAUAAUCUGAUGCAAGGUGUUAGCAAUGCUAUUCUCGGGAGAGAACAGGAUCAUGCAGUGAUGCCAUUGCUAGGAUCGAAUGAGAUCACUAUACCAUAUUACAAAUCAGGAAACUGAAGAAGUAGAGAUUGAGAGAGAAGGCUCAUAAAAUGUGAAUUGAUUCAUUUAGCAUCGGAGUAUAUUGGUGUGGCUAUAUAUAGCUGAGAUUGACUCACUGCUGAGUCAUCAAAGUAACUGACCUGUAACUAAUAACAACAGAAUCACAAGUGACACUUUCACAAUCGUAAGUGAAACUGAAAUGUAAAUGUAGGUUCAAUUAUAUCUCUAUUAUCUAUAAAGAAGAACAAGUGAAAAUAAGUAGCUUUCUGAAAAGCUACUAUGAGGAGCAUAUUCUAAUCUUUAUGUAGCUUAUUUGGAACUUCCCUCUUCAAUAUGCAACUCUGAUAAAGAAAAGACUCGAAUCGAAACAGAUAAUAAGUAAAAUAGAAACAUGAAACAUAAAAUAGAAUUGAAUCAACGCUUGUGCAAAACUUUGCUGCUCUCGGUUUCAAAUAAGCAUCAACGUGGGUUCAUAACAGCAGUGUCAUUCUUUCGGGCAACCCAAUUGCUAAACUUUGCAACACGAGAAUGCUUUGUAAUAGUGGUUUGUGGACUUGGUGAGUGAUUGAGUGAAGUUGGCUCUUGCACAUAGACAGUGGGGAGCGACUUCUGUUUGUGGUUUGGUUUUCUACUUUCAGCUCGUAGCAAUGCCUCGUAAAGCCAAACGUUCAAAAAAGAGACCAUCUCGUGUCAUAUCAAAUUUGAUGCCCCAUGCUUCAUCUCAAGGACAUUCCACAUCUGUGGAGCCACAAUUACAGCCUUCAAAAUUGGCACAACCCUCAAUGCCUCAUGAUGCCAAACGUUCAAAUAAGAAAGUACGUCAUGGCACAUCCAAUUUGAUGUCUCAUGCUUCAUCUCAAGGACAUUCUACUCCUGUGGAGCCAUCACUACAACAUUCAAAAGAGACACAACCUUGUGCUCCUACUAUCACCAUUAUUCCACCAUCGGUUCCUACAGCUCAAAAUACGGUCCCGGCAUUCGAUCUACCAUCACAUACAAUGCCUCGCAAAGCCAAAUAUUCAAAUAAGAGAGCAUGCCAUGGCAUAUCAAAUUUGGUGCCUCAUGCUUCAUCUCAAGGUCAUUCCACACCAAUGAAGCCGCCACUAAAGCCUUCAAAGGCAGUACAGCCUCGUGCUUCUGCUAUCACCUUUAUUCCUCCAUCAAUUCCUACAGCUCAAAAUCUUGUUUUACCAUCAGAUGCACCAUCAUUGAUGCCUCGCAAAGCCAAAUUUUCAAGAGAGAGAGCAUCUCUUGGCAUAUCAAAUGUGAUGCCCUAUGCUUCAUCCCGUGGACAUUCGACAUAUGCAGAACCACCACUACAGCCAGCCCAGGUGGCACAAUCUUGUUCUCCAUCUAUUACCCUUGCUCCACUGUCAGUUCCCACAACCCAGAAUCUGGUUUCACCAUUGGAUCCACCAUUGCAUAAAAUGCCUCGUAAAGGCAAACAUUCAAAAAAGAGAGGAUCACAUGGCAUAUCAAGUUUGACGCCUCAAGCAUCGUCUCAAGGAAAUUCCACAUAUGUGGAGCUGCCAUUACAACCUUCACCAGCACUCCAAUCUUCUGCUCCUGCUUAUUCCACUGCUAUUCCACGGUCAAUUCCUACAGCUCAAAAUCUGGUUUCAGCAUCGGUUGAACCACCGCGUUCAUUGCCUCGUAAAGCCAAGCUUUCACGAGAGAGAGCAUCUCUUGGCAUAUCAAAUUUGAUGCCCAAUGCUUCAUCUCGUGGACAUUCAUCAUAUGUGGAACCACCGCCACAGCCAGCAAAGGUGGCACAAUCUUGUGCUCCUUCUAUUACCCUUGUUCCACCGUCAAUUCCUACAACUCAGAAUCUGGUUUCACCAUUGGAUCCACCAUUGCCUACAAAGCAUCGUAAAGCCAAACAUUCAAAAAAGAGGGGAUUUCAUGGCAUAUCAAAUUUGAUGUCCCAUACAUCAUCUCAAGGACAUUUGACACAUGUGGAGCAGCCACUACAGCCUCGAGAGUUGUCAUAUUCCUAUGCUCCUACUAUGUCCCAUAUUUCAUCAUCAAUUCCUACAGCUCAAGAUCCACUUUCACCAUCGGAUCCCCCAUCAUUCAUGCCUCCUAAGAAUGUAUUUUCUGGCAUAUUAAAUUUGAUGCGUCAUGCUUCAUGUCAAGGACAUUCCAUACCCACGGAAUCUCUACAGCAGCCUUCAAAAUUGGCACAACCUUGUGCUCCUACUACCACUGAUAUUCCACCAUCAUUUCCUACAGCUCAAGAUCUGGUUUCACCGUCGAAUAUACCAUCAUGCUCAAUGCCUCGUAAAUCCAAACGUUUAAGAAAAGGAGUGUCUCAUAGCAUGUCAAAUUUGAUGCCUCAUGCUUCUUAUCAAGGGUAUUCAAUACCUAUGGAGCCGCUACUACAGCCUCCAGAGUUGGCCCGAGCCUGUGCUUCUCCUGCAUCUUCAAUUCGUGUAACUCAAGAUCCAGUUUCACCAUCUGAUCCACAAUCACAUACUGAUCCUGUUUCAGCAUCUGAUCCAUCAUCAAAUCCUCUGACUCAAGAUCCAGUUUCACCAUCUGAUCCAUCAUCGCAUAGUAGAUCAGACACCUUUGUCCUCCCAUAUGCUCCAACUCAACAACCCCUUGCCCCGUAUUAUCGUCCUUUUAGAGGACGACAAUGGAAUGUACAAGCUAUAGAUGAACAUGGAAAUACAAAAGAGAUUCAAGUGACAAAACCAGGUGUGUUUGAGAUGCCUCCUGGUCAACGCAUAGUAGUGCCAUUUGAUGGACAAUUACGAGCCUAUGGAGAAGCAGCAACACUUCUUUCUGGAGCUUGUGGACGAAUUGUUACUGACUCAAAAAACAUCCCCAUUAACUUUGAUAGUUGGCCAAAAGUGCCGAAAUCAUACAAGGAUGAUUGCUUCAACAUUUUGAAGACAAAAUUUCAUUUUCAAGCCUCUGAAUCAGUUGCUAGGCGUUAUUGUUUACUUACCAUGUCGAGAAAGUAUAGAAAUGGGAAGCUGAAGUUGUGGACUCAUGCUUUUGACCCUUCAUUAUCAAGAGAACAGCUGAUUGCUAAAGCCCCUUAUGGUAUUCCAAAUGAUCAGUGGUUGUCAUUUAUUGACAAUCAUUUGAAGCCAGAGUAUCAGGAGUUAUGUCGGAAGAAUGCUGUAGUCAGACAAAGGCAAACAGUUCCACACACUAGUGGGGCUAAACUUUUGUCUAGGAAACAACAUGAGAUGGAAUUAGAGCUUGGACGUUCUGUUAGUCGAGUAGAAUUGUACCUUGCAACUCACAAGAAAAAAGAUGGAUCCUACGUCAAUGAGGAGGCAAGGACUAUUGGGGAGAAGUUGACAGAAGAAAUUAGUAAGUCUGCCAAUUCUACAGAAAUUGCAACUAAUGAUGCCCUUGCCAAAGUGUUAGGACUAGAUCACUCAGGUCGUGUGCGUUGCUUAGGCUUAGGAGGUCUUCACAGUGUUGCGUUUCAAUCCUCUGUAAGAUUUAGUGACGUAGCUGAAAGUUCUCGACUGAAAGAGGAGGUUAUUAGUUUGAAGACCAAGUUAGCAGCUUCAGAGGAAAAUGUCAAAACAUUACAAACUGUAAUGCUUACAUACAUACAAAUGAAGGAAGGACAUAUCCCUGCCGAGUUGGGUGCUUUGUUUGAUACUACUAAUCAAGCGGAUGAAAGUAGCGGACAAGAUAUGUCAACAUCAGAGAGUGGAUCUUCAUUAGCUAGUAAUCAUCGUUAAAAUGAUGCAUUUACAUAAACUCAUGUGUACUUAAGUUUGACACUUUAGUUUUAACAUGCAGUUUGUAAUUUUUUUUCUAUAUGGAUUUUCUCGUUGUUGGAGAUCCCACAUUAUUAAAAUAUAAGACUAUGAUAAUGUAUAUAUGUGGGGGACAAUCUCACUUUACAAAUUUAUUUUGUAAGAUUGUAUCAAAGCUUAUUCCAAUGGUUAUUGAUUGUUGUUGACA